AUGGCUCUGCCCUUGGUGUCCACCCCAAAGAUUGAAAUGAUCGCCUCCGGCGGAGCCUCCGCGCCGGCGGAGGCGAUGAACACUUCCGUCAUCGAAGAGCCUCGAGUUAUGUCGUUGGGCGAGCUGUCCAAAGAGUACUCGUCGUAUGUGCUGCUCACGGUAGGUUUGAAAAUUUAUGCAAAUUUUAUGCAAUUUUUUUGCAAUUUUAAUGUCGAAAAUAUGUUGAAAACCCAAAAACAACCACUCCCAAUUAGCCAAAUCCGUUGCAGCUUGUAAUGUAACGGCUUUUACGGCACUCUAAAAGUAUUACAUUCCCGGGGAUUAAACUGAAAUUUGCAAUAAUAGGAUUUCCUCUCCACACAUAAUGGGAUUGCGCGGUUUACAAUGUGCUGGAUCAGCGGGGAAACUGCUGCAAGCCGAUUGGAGGGCCGUAAAUUUUGUUGAUUCGCAAAGUAUUUGCUAUGCUUUGAAAGUUCACUGUUCACAUGAGUCGUAGAGCCGUUAAUGAAGUCAUUAGGGCUUUGAUCCAAACUAGGCUUGGCGCAAGGCCGGGAGCAUGGCUCCGGCGAGGAAAAUCUUAAUUUUUGCUCACAAGAGAGGCAUGAGAUUGUCGGGAAAAUAUGUACGAGUUGUUCCAAUACGCUAAUUUUUUGAAAUUGCACAUUGCAAAAUGUUUCGAAUCGGAUCGCGUCGUGGCGGGCGGAGACGGCAAGCCGCAGUUGCAGGUUUAGUGCGCGGCUGCACCUUUUUUCAACGAGGUGAAACAUUUCGCUGCGACGACUCGCCACUAUCUUCCCGACAGACCGAUACUAGUUGCCAUGAAGUCCCGGCGCAAAAAGUCAAGUUGCGAGCGACGGCCCGAAGGAUCCUAAAUUGAACAGUGCAAAGAACUUAUGUUUUCGCACAGUGAAUGUCGCUAAAAUCACUUCAGCAACUUUCCGAACGGAUUACUAGUCAGUUACGUCGCUGAAAUGAAAAAGCAAUUUGAUUUUGCCGCUACACAAUUAAUUUUCUCGACGGCAGUGCGAUUUUCGAUGCGAUAAAGUGCUAAUUAUUUUUCCGACAAUUAGAUAAACUACAGUUUCGAUUGCCAUUAGGUUUGCUGGUCCCACUUCUGCAGGGAUUACGCUAUAUUUUUGUUAUAAGUGCAUUCUACAACCGACAUUACUUCUUGCCGCAACGAAAGCCCUUAUCGAAUAAUAUAAAGCCCCUUCUAAUCCGUCUGCGUAGUAUUCCGGUACGAAUUUCGCAUUAAUUCCUGUGAUUCCUGCAUGCGGCCCAAAGCAGAUUUCACCCAGUAUUAUAAUAGCACAAUGGCGGACGUCAGCGGUGGACAAAACAGCGACGUACGCGGGCUAAAAUUAGGCCACUCCACGUGCGGCACGUGCGUAAGGAGCGGUUGGUAAAUAACGUUGAGGAGAGUGGGGUUUGUGGUGUUGUAGGGUUAUAAGUUCUGAUGGGAGAUUUUGAUAUGCAUAAAAUUGCUUGGAGCGGGAAGGAGAGCCGUUAACCACCGCUCAGAGGAAUAUAGACUAGUUAGAAUAAGAAUAGAGUUUAUUUGGCACACACAAAAGAGAGAGACCACUCUCGCGAGAGACGGGACAGAGAAUGACUCUGAUUUGGGAUCAAACGUUGCUUUUAUAGCGGUUGAUAAACGUAGAAUCAGUGGGAACUUGGGUAAAAAUGAAGACGUGAAUGUUGGGCAACAUGGUUACGAUAAAAAAUAAUGACUAUGGGACAUACCGGCUUUGUUAAGAAUUGGCUUAAAUUUGGAAAGAUCUUUAUUGGAUUUAUGCGACUUGUGGCUUGAACUGGUCCAGUACAACAUCAUUUUUAUAAUAUUCAGAUAGUUUGAAAGCUGGCAAAAAUACUGUCUUUUUGCAAAUUUUUGUGUUUAUUUCUAUCGUAUAGGGUACCGUUUUCACAAGAAAUCAUAUUUUUCCUCACGCAACGAGCAAAGAUAUGGUCAAAAGGUGUUUCUUCUCUCUGGCCGCGCUCUGGCCACGUUCACCACGCUCUUUCGGCCGCAAAGUCAUUGAAUAUCUCGCUGCGCCUGUAAAGCGACAGGCUAAAAUUUUCAUUUAUACGAACUAUGUGCCAGUAGUUCCUUUGUAAGCCCAUCUUACAGUAUGCCUUCUCAACUUGGCCGCCUUAAGCCUGCAUUUAUACAAAUUAACCGCCAACCUUUUGUUUGACAUAAGCAGCUUGCACGUGGCCCAGCGUACCGGCCUUUGUCUUUGCAGCACUCUACUGUAGUAGAACGGUGUUUCAUCAUGGGGAACGAAAGGCCCUAAUCCUUCAACAAAGAGGGACUUCUCGAGAAUUUCGACGCAUUUCGUAAGAUUGGCGGAACAGCGGAUUACCAAGACAUUGCAAAGCACCUAUUUCGAAGCGACGUAACUCAGGAAUGGGCCGGAAAUUACAUUCCUAGGCAGAUUCGGAGGGAAAGGUUUAAAAUAGAAAUUCAAUCUUUUCGCUGGAGAGAACGUGAAGUGAAGUGAGACCGCCAGACGAAAGCGUGUUUUGUUCAAUAAUUUUGCGACGUCCAGAUCUUCUCUUAAUUUUGCACACACUUAGGUCAUACAUAUAUAACAAGCUAAUUACUAAAAAUUUUUUCAUGUGGGUUCUCGCGACAACCAAGAUAUUCAGCAACCCUUUCGGCCGAAGGAUUACGCGAAAUCCGGAAGGCGGUCAGAGAAAAAAAUCACUUUCUUUGACGGUUUCGUGCGGAUAAAAACUGGUUUUUUGUGGAAAAAUUACCUUCUCUGGUAGUUUCUACAAAGCGCGAGCUACAGUGGGGGAGCUGAUCCAGUGGCAAAAAACGUACCAUUUUAUAUCCGGGAAGUAUCAGAAAUGUAGCAAAAUGCUUCAACUUCGUUUUGAAGGGUGCGCCUUUUCCCUCACAAAAAGAGCUGCCGCGCUUUUGAAAUCGCAGUUUUUUCACGGGGAGAGGGAAGCAUUUUGCCACAUUUUUGAUACUUCCCGGAUGCAAAAUGGUACGUUGUUCGCCACUGGAUCAGGUUCUCCACUGUAGGUGUCUCAGAUACGCCUUUAAAAAAAAUAUUCUAAAUUUUUGCCAAGUUUCAUUAAAAUUUCUAAUGUUUUUUGAUCCAUUUUUGAUAUGCAGUAAUUCUGUUUUUGGAAUUACCACGCAAAAUCUAAGCCGGGCCUGAUUUCUGAUCCAAACCGAACGCACAAUAAAAUUAAAUUUUUUCAUCUCCCGUUCCACGGCAUCAUCGACCCGGAUUAUCGCCGCCAGACAAAGGACCCAAUCCUUAGGCGCUGUUUUGGAAGCCUAGCAAAAAAACGCUGAAAAACAAAUUUGAGGACAAAGAAUGUCGUUUGGGCUACAAAAAAUAAUUUGAAUCCAUUAAUCCGGCUGGAACACCAAGCCCUAAGGGUAUUUGCAUUGUAACACCCGAUUACACCGCUGAGCCGUCAACAUUGGGAUUAGUGGUGACGCAGAAACUUGUUAUUCAAUACUGUAGCUAAAAGUUCUGGAAGCGGAAUUAAAAAAGUGGAUUUCUUUUGUUUUUCGGGAAGCAAACAGCAUGGAUUUUGAUAAUUCUUGGAACAAAUAGAGAUUAGGGCUUUAUGUGAAAAAUGUCGGGAAAAUAAUGAGAACUCUGUCGCAUGGAAAAUGGCAUCCCCGUCGAGAAAAUAAAUUUUGUCCCGACAAAAUAAAAUUGUUUUUUCACUUCAGUGACACAAUCGAUGCAGCGACAUUGUGCUCAUUAUUUUCCCGACAGGCUGAUAUUAUACCUGUGACAUGCGAUUUUUUGGGUCAAAUAUUUUCCAUAAUAUUCGUUUUAAAUUUUUAGGCUGAAAAAUUCUAUGGCUUUUAACGAUGACAUGCAUAACUUUUCCACAACAACUCAAAUUUUCAUUCGAAAACGUUGGCUUUUUCCCAUAGUCAACGUUUUCGUCGUCUAGCCAACUCUCCUCAUUCUCCGUGCUUUCUUACGACAUUCGUUCAAUGUAUAUAUAGGCAGCGUCUACAGUGUUGUAACUGACUAUCACGCCUCUGAUUUUCUAUCAGUCUGUCGGGAAAAUAAUGAGCACAAUGUCGCUGCGCCGAUCGAGUCGCUGAACUGAAAGACAAUUUGAUUUUGCCGCAACAGAAUUCAUUUUUUUGGCGGCGAGAAAAUGAUCUUCGAUGCGCUAGAAUGCUCAUUAUUUCCCCGGCAGACUACAGUUUUUACAUUUGUUUUGUGACCUAUGCCGAUUACACUUUUAAAGUUUCGCCAAAAUCUGAGAAUUGCACCUCUGGCACGUUCCCUUCUACUUUUUGUUUUACUCUUCGUGCAACGUUGAACCUUCCACCUUUGUAAAGCGCUUUCGGAUCAACAAAUCCUCUGUUAAUCAGCUCAAAGUUCGCUCUACGUCAACACGGUAGCCCAUCUUUUGAAGAUGGAGCGUUUUUACAAAGUCAAAAGUUGUCACAUUUCCUCAAUUAGGCUAAUAAAUCUUGCCUCGCACCUUUCGCAGGGCGCCGCAACGUCAUCGUCCGCGAAAUCCGCUUCAACACCUUUUGGGGGGAGAGAGCGGACGUUGAACCAUCCUCUUAUAUUAUUUUAGCGCGCUUGACGUAAUUUAGAGACCUGUUCGCCUGACCAUUCCGAAUAUCUGCCCCGUCAAAGUGGCUGUUGCGCAAUCGCCUUUUACGUGUUCGUAUAUGUGUGUUUUGUCGUUUUUUGCUCGAGGCGAUCUCUCUUUUUUGGGGGCUUUGAGGGAAUUGGAGUAGUAGGGUGAUGACGUCACGGCGUGGACCAGUUUUAGGAUCCGGUGGGUUUUGAUUGGGUUUGUGCGGGGUUUUGAUUAAAAUGAGAUUUGUAUGGGAUGGUGAGGAAGAUUAGUGCUCUUCUCAACAAAGCCGAGGCUGUAGAGAACUGUUGAGUGCAAGAAAUUUCAAAAUCCUACAAGAAAGUGGCUUAAAGCAGGACGAUUUGGAAUAAGGAUUUCUAUUAGGAGGUCAACAAUCCAAAUUAUUUCAAUCACAGCGCACGGUAACCCAAAAUAGACCAAAAACGUCUCCCGCUCUCUUUUGAAUUUCGUCCAAACGAAGUGUCAAUUUUUCGGUCGGAAAACAACACGAAAAGUUCAUUUUUGAAAUUUCAUUUGAAUUCAACCGAUACUAGGUGGGCGAAGUGCCGAAAGGAGGCGGGAGACUCCCUGGGUUGCCGUGCAGCGUAGCCUCUGUUUUACGAACACCUAUACAAGAAAGCUCAUCAGUCUGUCCGGAAAAGAGUGGGGGCCUGUCGCAGCAAGAUGUUUUGUCUCGGUGAAAAAAGAGUUCAAUCGGGCACCAAAUUUCCAGCCGCGGAUACAAAAAAUCGAUGAUUCCAAGGCGCGACGAUCCCCCAUUAUUUUCCCAAGAGACUGGUAAUCUUCGCCGAAGACAGAGCCUGCGGCACGCAAUGAGCGUACAGGGAGUGCGACGCUUUUUGGUGAUAAACCUGCAAAUUUCUAGCAGAAAAAAUUGUUAUGCUAGAUUGGCCAAAAGAAGUUGUUCAUGGGUCCUAACGGCUCCGCGAAGUGGCCUUACAGGCUCCGCAGUGCACACGAAACAUGCAUUGGGCAGCUUCUAACCUUUCCAAGAGAUACCGUUUUGCACUGCGCGUGGUCAGCGUGCACCAACAUCUCUCGCGGUGAUGACUGUCUCACUUGGGACACUUGAUGGCUGUGGCACAAAUUGUUAAAAUCUUAGCGAACGUUUUCCAGAGAGAUUAGUGUUUUGACUUUUAUUUCUUAUUAUCUAUUUCAUGAGGUCCUGUUUACAUCUUACACACGGAAAAAUUGUUUACCCUCUCAAAAAUCAAUCUUCUGCGUCUGCAUAUAAUAGAAGACUGUGUCGUAUCCUACGCUCAUCCCAUCCUGGCUUUUCAUCCACAUGUCCCCAACCCAUAUCCCAUGCAAAUCCCCAUAACAUUUACGCGGAAAAACACUCCAGCCCUGCACAAUGUUUUCGUCCCACUGCAACUGCAGAUUAACCGAAUUUACGUCAUCAAAAUGCCAAUCCCCUGCGGGCACAGCGGAUUUCGCGCAGAACUGGGAGGCUUUGCAUUUCCGACGGAUAAAUCUGACAUUGAAAUUAGAAGGGUAUCAUUUUUGGAGCUAGUGCGGAUCAUUGGGAUCGGAUUUUACUGUAUUAGGACUUUCAUAAAGUGCACGGACAUUUUUUUGUUUGCGCACAGUGCAUUUUGAAUUUUUUCUUAUGUUUGUUGCCAACGCACAGUGCAUUUUUUUCUUUCGCACAGUGCAAGCCUAAAAAAGGCCGUUUGCACUGUGCAAAUUCCCGGGGCUGGCGCACACUUGCGGGUAACCACUUUGCGGGCAACAGGUUUGCGGGCAAAUUUUUUGCGGGCAGCCACUUUGCGGGCAGCCGACAUUUGCGGCCAGCACCGGCAUUUGCGGGCAGCCUGGGACAUUUGCGGGCAGGGUCGACAGUUGCGGGCAGCCUGGAAGAUUUGCGGGCAGCCGACAUUUGCGGGCAACCGACACCUGAUUGUGAGGGUAACAGGGUGGACGUGGAAAAAUUACUAUGAAAUUUGGAAAUUUGCCGACAUUUGCGGGCAGCCGACAUUUGCGGGCAACCGGCACUUGAGGAAAACAAGGUGGAGGUGGAAAAAUUACUUCGAUAUUUUGGAAGUUUUCCGACAUUUGCGGGCAGGCAAUACUUGCGGGAAACCGACAUUUGCGGGCAACAGUUCCAAAAGUACCAAUACAGUCUGUGUGAUUGUUUUUUCUUGUUGCCCGCAAAUGUCGGCUGCCCGCAAGUGUCGGCUGCCCGCAAAUGUCGGCAAAUUUCCAAAAUAUCGCAGUAAUAUUUCCACCUCCACCCUGUUACCCUCAGGUGCCGGUUGCCCGCAAAUGUCGGCUGCCCGCAAGUGUCGGUUGCCCGCAAGUGUCCCAGGCUGCCCGCAAGUGUCUCAGCUGCCCGCAAAUGUUUCAGCUGCCCGCAAAUGUGACCCCCCAAAUUUUGCCCGCAAAGUGGUUGCCCGCAAAAAAUUUGCCCGCAAACUGGUUGCCCGCAAAGUGGUUGCCCGCAAGUGUCGCGACGCCAUUCCCGGCGCUGCCCAAGCGACGCGAUUGAAACUUGCUUGUGUCGCAGCGAUAUUGCCCAGUGCAAAAACUAAAAAAGGGUGAAAUGCACGGUGCAAAAUGAGAGUUAUUUUUUUGCAAGGUGCGAAAACCAAAAAAAAUUGCCAUGCACGGUGCACGGGAUUUUUUGCACGGUGCACUUGUUUUUGGUUCCGCACUGUGCGGCAAAAUAUCGCAGCGACAUAGAAGAAGAAUGCACUGUGCGUUAGCGACAAACGUAGGAAAAGGUUCCGAGAUGCACCGUGCAAAAGCGAAAAAAUUUUCGUGCACUGCGCAAAAACAAUGGUUAACUUUGCACUGUGCAUUUUUUGGCGUUUUUCACCGUGCGAUAAUCUUUAUUCGGGCUGAGUUUUUCUCCACAGUGCAAACGUGGAAAAAUCAAUCUAGCGACGUUGCAAAUGGACUAGUAAUAACUGAUGACGGGAUUACCCAAAAAACUGAUCCUUACGACGAAACACCACCUUGAAAAGUUCCGUUUCUCUUUUUUUGUCCAACAUGGCGUGCGUCGCACUUCGAACCAUCCUGUUGACCAUUUAAAAAAACAAGUGUGCAGUGUAAAAUAAGUUUUCAACUCCGUUUACACUACACCUCGUGUUGUCUUCACAUUUUUACACUUUUUCCUAUCCUACAUGCCUGCCAAACCAACGAACAUGCUCCAAGAGUGGUUACUCAGGGAAAACAAAUACCAUUACUUCAAAAAUUUUGUAGCCAAAAUGUGGGAAUGUCAUUGUGGUGGGUGCUGACACUUGAGUGAGCACCCUCAUGGCUUCUACUGACAAAGAAAAUAUUGAAUGUACCGGUGCAGCUAGUUUUGACGUGCGUUUUGGCGGCUUUGGAGAACGUAAUGUCAGCAAACUUUCGCUAGUCCGUUUGUGAAGUUGGUGGAGGCUUUUUUGGUGCUUGCAUUUUGAAAUAAAAUCAGGUUGCGAGUGAUAGCCCGCAAAAACUAUUGCACCGUGCACUGCAUUCCGAGCUUUUUUGUCGCUACCGAAGGUCCCGAUUUCCGCUCAAAAUGAGAACAGGGCUGGCUGCGCGCCUCGGCUGAUAGCUAGCCAGCCCAACAAUGAAAAAGAGUAAAAACUGAUUUGCAGUGAGAGUGAAAAAAGACCUAUCCAAUGAUAUAAACAGUUCCUAUUGACUUUCUCCCCAUACAGAUUUAUUUCGCCUACAAAAUUUUAUUUUUUUUUGUUUAGUCAUGGAUAAAUGCACUUUAUGAAAUUACUCUCUCGGCCGCAAGGGUCGCUGAAUAUCUCGGCUGCUACUGCAAAGCCCAAGCCAACCUUUUUAGUAGUUGAUAUGGCUUUAAUUCAAUGCAGGCGCAAAAUUCAUAAGAAAAUUCAAGCGCCGCACCUAGGAGCUUCUGCUUUCGAAUAUUAUGUUAUAUUAUUCACAUCUGCAAAAUCCCAGUUCCACUUGCAGUUCCCUUCCAUUUUCAUUUGUCACCAAUGCCUGUGCAAAUUCCAAAUAUCCAAAAUUUUUACGUAGCCGCCCGCUGAAAACUCCUCUUCAAUUUUUUUUCCAACAAGCCCACGCUACACCUGGCCAAACACUGAUCGCUGGGGCGGCAGUUGUCACAAAACGAAUCAAAAUUUUUUGGUAUUUGCAGUCAUAAUUUCCAUUUUUUUUACCAUUUUUUAAAUUUUUUGUCGCAGUUCUGGCUUGGGACUUUUGACUUGUGCCGGGAAACAAAAGCCCUUAGGGCUUGUCAUUUGGCCUUGCAAGUAUACGUAUAUAAUGUGGCUUCCGGAUGAGUUGAAUUCAUUUUUACUGGGAAUGUUGAUCAAAAAUUGGGACUUGAGUUUUUUGUGGCUGCACUGUGCGAUCCAACAUUUUGAUGACUGCACUGUGCGAUUUUGUGUCCUUUGGAGUCUGCACGGUGCGGUUUACCGUUUGGAGCAUCGAACGGCGCGUUUUGGUUUUCUUGAAGUUUGCAUGGGGCAUUUUUUGAAGCUGCACUGUGCGGUUUGCCGAGUGGAAGACUGCACGGUGCGAUUUGGUUUUUUGACGUUUGCACGGUGCAAUUUGCUUUUUUUGAGCACUGCACUGUGCGAUUCAACGUUUUGAAGAGUGCACUGUGCGAUUUGGUGUUCUUUUGAUUCUGCACGGUGCAAAUUGGUUUUUCGGGUUUGCACGGUGCAAUUUGCUUUUUUUGAGCGCUGCACUGUGCGGUUUACCGCUUGGCAGCCUGCAAGGUGCGAUUUAUUAUUUUUAGAGACUGCACUGCGCAAUUUUCUUUUUUUGGAGUCCGCACUGUGCAUUUUAUUAUUUUGAGCAAUUGCACUGUGCAGUUCCACUUUUUUGAUAUUGCACUUUGAAAAUCUCUCCAAAACUCCGGCCAAAUAAGUUUUCUUGCCAUUUCAUCCCUAAGCUUUUUUGAAGCGUAUUUUACCCAGCUUUCAAUUCCAAGAAAAUCCAAAAAAUUCCAUCUUGGAUAAUCUCAAAUUCCAGUUUAUAAACUUUACUUCCUUAUUGAGAUUAAGUUGGUAAAGCACUUAUUCUUUGGUGCCAUUUACCAUUUCCCCAUACAAUGGCCCCAUUUUCGACAAGCUUUUUUUGACCGCACAGUGCAUCUUGAACCCGCUCGUUCCAACGGUUUGCACGGUGCAAAAAAUUUGCGUUGAGGGCAAAACGAUAAAAAACAAGAGUAAAAGUGCUCUUGUAAUAUUUCGAGAUUGUAGUUGGGACGCAAAUUCGCUAUAAAUGCGGUUUUCAGAGAGAAAACUAAGAAAAUGGCCGCACGGUGCAAAAAAAAGUGUUCUUUGCACUGUGCGCAGAGAAAAAUUUUUAAAAAAUCGUCAAAUUGGAGGCUUUGGGGUGUAAGAAUUGUCCUCAUAAUUUUUCAAGGUUACUGUAAUUUUUUAAUUUUUAAUUUCCGCUACAGUAAUCCGUCUACACAUUCAUUUCCGGAAUGCCUCAAAUUCUCUUGUUUUAUAUUCCCAAAUGACUCAGCAAUUAGGCCUAAUCCGCCGAGGCCAAGGAAUGUCCGAUAUUUUAAUCGUUUUUGUGAGGAUCUUUGCGACAUUUCUCAAAAAAAGUUCAAAAAAUUCUUGCUAAUCCCCGGGAUUAUCGCCUGUGCCCUCCGGCGAUUAUCCCUUCGGAUUUUUGCGGUUGAUCUUGGAACGGUCCUACAAUUGUUUGACGUCAAUGCGAGCGGAUGUGGAGGGUGGGCAACGGGGAUUUUGCCGAUAUUAUCCAUCAAACCCCCAUGGAUAAGAUCAUGUGUCAUAAAUACUCGUCUAAUAAUGCCAAGUCGAAAUAGCACACGCCGAUUUGCGACCCACACACCGGAAAUAGGCAGUUAUUAUAAUUCUGGGGUUACUGUCGCUCGCCGGGGCAGUCUUGAAAAAUGUUUGACUGCACCGUGCAGAAUAAAAAAGUCAGAGUAUUCCGCACAGUGCAAUGAGAAAAACGUCAAAAAUUGUUUGCACAAUGCAAUCAGCACACUUUGAUCGCCACUGCACUGUGAAAUUUUUUUUUGCGAUAACUGCACUGUGCAUUUGGUUAACUUCUUUUGACUGCACAGUGCAGCAUUAAAAACCUGAAGUUUCCGCACAGUGCGAGGAAAAAAUCAUUGACAAGUGUUUGCACAGUGCAAUCAUCACAUUUUGAUCGCCACUGCACCGUGAAAUUUUUUUGCGACAACUGCACCGUGCAAGAUUGAAAAAGCCGGGUAUUCCGCACAGUGCAAACAGAAAAAGGUCAAAAACUGUUUGCACAGUGCAAUCGACACAUUUUGAUCGCCACUGCACCGUAAAAAUUUUUUACGAAAUUUUUCAAAACUUUUUCUGACUGCACUGUGCUAGAAAUGUUUUUGUAAUUUUGAAAUUGCAGCGACAAAUGUCCAUGCAUUUUAUGAAAAAAACUAUCUCCAGAAAAUGCGUAGACUUCUGGCGAUAUUACAAAUUGCACAGUGCAAAAUGCUUUGAAAAGAAUGGCGUUGAGCAACAUGCACAGUGCGGUGAGAAGAAAAGGCCGAAAAAGUCUACGCACUUUAUGAAAAGACUAAUAUUGCUAGCUUUGCAAUUACAAGUAUCAUGUCGCUAAAUAUAAAUAGUAACUUUUAAAAAAAUCUCUUUGCACUGUGCGAUUUUGCAAUUUUCAAUUCUCUGCACUAAAGCGAACUCUUUGCCCUUUUUGUCAUCGCUGACACAGAGCUGCACACUUUCUUCCGGCGAGUCAUUAACUGUUGGGAGACCCGACGACGACUCAAAUCCCGGAUUGAAACGGCGACGGAUAAGCCGAAAGGGGAUAAGGAUAAGAUAAAGAUGGCCGCCGAGCGGCUUAUGACGCUGCAAAGGCCGUGUGACGUCGCUGCACUGGGAGCUUUGGGACUGUUAAGGGAGUAGAUGGGUAGAGAAAAAAGUUUCAGCGCAACAAAAGGGAAAAAUGCAGAUUUUUUGAACAAAAUAUAGAAAAAAUCAGAGAAGACAGGGUUGAAUGGUAAAGUACGGCUAUGUACACAUGAUGCUCCUUAAUAUACGACGAGGUGAGCACACGUUAUUUUUCAUUUUUAGAGUAGUAUUAGGAAAAAUUGCAGAAAAAGUCAUCCAUUUUUUGCAGAUUUCUCAAUCCCAACUCAUCAGUCUGUCGGGAAAAUAAUGAGCACUCUACCGCAUCGAAAAUCGCAUCGCCGCCCAGAAAAUGAAUUUUAUAGCGGCAAAAUCAUAUUUCUUUUCGGUUCAACAAUGCAUACGGCGCAGUGACCUAAUGCUCAUUAUUUUCCCGAAAGACUGAUACUCGACCAAAAGAUCCUAACAAUGAUUUUUUCACGAAAUUCGCGAAAAGAAUUCCCAAUGCAUUUCGGAAUUUUUGCUUUUUCGUCGCGAACCCGCACAUGUUCUGAACAUGGUUUGACUGUGAUUCAGAAAAUAUAGGUUUUCAUUACCGGUCUGUCGGGAAAGUAAUGAACACAAUGUCGCGGCGUCAAUCGGGUCGCUGAAGUGAAAAGCAAUUUGUUUUGCACAAUUCAUUUUCUCGGCGGCGAUGGGAUUUUUGAUGCGAUAGGGUGCACAUUAUUUUCCCGACAGGCUGAUACAACGGAAGGGUUCGCUCUGCGAAGCAUAUUUUUUGAACAUGGUCAUCAGAUUUUUUCUGAAAAUUUGAGCCUACUCUUUACGGGGACAACCGGGAGACGGUGUGCUCAUUAUUUUUCCGACAGAUUGAUAUUUUCGAAAAACCUCUGAAACAAUUAACCCAUCGUAGAUUAUGGUACAUCAGAAUACCUGCAGGUCCGCAAAGUGAGAGGGGAUUAAUCCAGCCUGGUGUUCAGACAAAAUUCCCAAAAUAUUAUAUUGGGUAAUUUGCAGCAAUGACUUUUUUUAAUCUCAAGGCAAAUCCCCGUCGAUAAUUGCAAACGGAAAAAAUUGACGAGGGAUAGCUACGUGUGGAUUUGUAGAUUUGUCAUUCCGUGGAAAGACAAUAUAAAAAAUUUUUAAUCCGAUGAGCCUUUGUUUUCACAAAGAAAAUCUCGUUGCUUUGAGGGGAGAACGGAAGUGGAAAUUAUACAAAUUUUUGUGCAAAAGUACUGAAAAAAAAAUUUUUUACCGCUCUGUGGCGAGAAAAAAAUUUUAGCGCUGUGCAAAAAAAAGAAGGUUACUUUGCACGGUGCAUAAAAAUUUUUUUAUUUUUCGCACAGUGCAAAAAUCAAAAAUUUUCAAUUUUUGAGCGUUGCACUGUGCAAAAAAAUUUUUUUUUGCAAUUUUCGAAAUGUUUUUUUUGCGAAAUUUUUUUUGAUAAAAUCAAAAAUUAACCUUUGGAAAAUUUGCAAAAUUAAAAAAAUAAAAAAUUUAAAAUUUUCUUAACGCGCUGUGUAAAAUAAUUUUUUUUUUGAAAAUUAUAUAAAAAAAAUAUUUUUUUAGGAUUUUUUUUUCAAAAAAUUAAAGAAAAUCCUUUCGACCCGCGCCAAGUGCAAUGAACAAAAAUUUCGGAAAAAAUUAAAAUUUGAUUUCUAACCAACACUUCCGACAACCCUCACCCUAAUCCACUUUCUAUUACACCCGCAAUCCGCUAAUCGUCUGUGCGUUCCGUUAAUUUGGGAAAUUGCGGCGAAUGAAUAAAUCUUUUUGAGUUUAGAGGGUGUUCAGUGUAAUCGACUCGCUAAGUCGGGUUUAUUUCACACCCGUAAAGAGGGUCAGGCCCGCUUUCACGGUGAUUUGUGGCGGAUUUGAGGUGAAUUUGUGUACGGAAUUCGAUAUACAAUAUUAUUUCCGGGCUAUUGUAAUUGAACCCCCUAGUGUAAUAUAAUCGGAGAUCUAGAUUAUUUCCGUUUUUAAAAUUGUGUUUUAACUCUGAAAAUAGCAUGAUUAAGCGGUUUUCCAGCUGCAAAUGGAAUUUCAAGCGGAAUUAAAAGAUUUUCAAAAAAUCCGUCAUCAUGACCGAUUUUUUGGAAAUUUGAAACAACGUAAUUUUUGAAUUGUAGACUCUAUUUUUCUCAUCGUAUUAGCCAAUUUUCAAGCCUGAUUUUACACUUUGAAUACAAAAAUCAAGUCAUUCUUUGUGUCAUGAUGACGCAUUUUUUGGAAAAAUGGCACUGAAACGUUGAAAUUGUCAAAAAUCAAGACUUUUCGGUCGACCGACCAUGAUUUUAAUUUUUUUAUGUUUUCCAUGGUCAAAAUAUCGCUGUCACGAUGACAUAUUUUCUGGAAUUUUCGGAAAACCCUCAAGAAUCAGCUACAUGUUCGAAAAUUUCCAGAAUUUCCGGUGACAAAAUACGUCUUCCAUUCAAAAAAAAUUUUAAAAGAAUCCCCUCAAGGCAUCCAUUUCACGUUCGUAUGUUUUUGGCCCGUCACUUUUAAUCCUGACCUCUUCGAAAACAGCCUUAUGGAUCCUUCUGGAACACCGCACAUUAUCACAAAUUGUACUGGCAGCGCAGUAAACCGCCUUACAUCGGCGUCGCCGCAAACAUGACGAAGGCGGCGGAAAGAGGCUUUCGGCCGACGCUCUAGGUGUAUUUUUGUGCGGUUUUUGACGCGGCUUUGGGCUUAUGGAGACGCAUGGGGGGUUUAAACAGGCUGUAUGUACGUGGGAGAGGGUGGAUGGGGUUUGGUUUAACGUGUUGAAACUGGGAUCUUGAAUUUUUUUGGACUUCAGAGUACAAGCCACCGUUGAUUUAUAAAAAUAUCAGUCUGUCGGGAAAAUAGUGAGCGCUCUGUGGCAUGGAAAAUCGCAUCGUCACCGAGAAAAUGAAUUUUGUCGCCGCAAGAUCAAACUGCUUUUCAGGACACGAUCGGCGCAGCGACAUUGUGCUCAUUGUUUUCCCGAUAGACUGAUGCCAAAUAGUGGCCUAAAGUUUCUGAGUCGUAGCUCGUAGGGACCAAAAAUAGCUCACCGAACACGUAGAAUGUUAGAUUUAUCCGGGCCGAAAACAAGACAACGUCGUAAAUACAGCAAAAGUAUGAAUUUUUAUCUUGAGUUCGAGCUUUGAAAUAGCAGCCGAGAUUUCACAAAUCUCUGAAGUAUGUCAUCUGCGGAGAACGAUCUGAAAAAGAAACGCUUUUGAUCUGAAUAUCCUUGCCAGUUUCGCAUUGACUGCUUGUAAAUACAUGUCCUCUUCGACAAGGAUAAUAAACACUGCUAAAGGUCCAAAACAACAAAAUUCGAAUUGUGCUUUUAAACCCAGAGAUCUCCGUGGUUUCUUCAAGGUGAAAGCCAAGGAUUUACAAUGUUGUCAUUCUGUCGGGGAAGUAAUGAGCUCUCUAUCACAUCGAAGAUCGUAUCACCACCGAGAAAAUGAAUUGUAUCGCAAGAUCAAAUUGCUUUUAAAUUCAGCGAUGAGAUAGGGGCACAGUGAAAUUAUGCUCAUUAUUUUCCCGACUGACCGAUACAUUUGCCAUGAGUUUCAUUAAGAUGUAUACAUCCCAAGUAUACGCUAUUGUACAGUCACCUUCUCUGCCGCAAAUCCCGUCUGCAUUCGCGAAAUUGCACAUUCAUUUGGAAAUUAACCUGGUUCUUAGUCACUAAACCUUUUCUGUCGGAUUAUCGCCACGGAAGUCCCUGAAUUGUCAGCGUUAAUGCACUAUUGUCCUCGUUUGUACAGUGGCUAUAACUCCGCUUGUAUUAGUUCAAAGCCCAUGACCUUCCUUAUUACUCAUUCCAUUGCCCUUUCAAGCUGAUCUUGGCUAAGAUUUAGUCCAAUUCUUAGGCCAGGAUUUGACCCCAUCCCUUGGCUUAGAUCGGCCCCAUUCUUUGGCCAAACCCACCGUCUUAUCCCCAAUUACCAGGCCGGCUCCGGAAGUGGCUCAUCUUUUUUACUCAUUCGACCGUACCUGUGCGACGCCCCGGGCACUUUUUUGUGACGACCUUUUCCGGCGGCAUUGUCCAAAUUCUCACGACGGAAGCGGCCGGAUAAUCCCAAAUUUGGCUCGACUCCUCCCUUUUGUCUGUUACAAUUCUCACUUCUUAGCCUGACUUUUUUCGGGCUCGCGUGCUGAUUGGUUGGCGCCGGGAAAAGGGGCGGUGUCUCUGCGGGGAUUACACAUUUAUCCGCAAAUUUUUUCGGCCACUCGCACAUUUGUUCGAGGAUUAGCCGCUCGCAAAUCUUCCGCUGUCACAGUGGCUGAUCCCCGCAGGGCCCGGGAGGGCCGCGGAUUUGGGGACGUCAUCGCCGGAUUCCUACUUAAAGCCGCGGAUUUCGCGAUUCCAUUCAUUCGUUGGGCUUGUGGGUCCAAUGGGUGGCAAUGGCAGAGUAUCAAGACAAUUUCUGAGGGGGAUUUUAUCAAUUCUACAGGAAUAUAUUGGUGGGAGGGACGUUCGGACCUUAUUUUAGAGGUUUGGUAUACUAAUUUUGGGUUUUUUGGAUUUUCACUUUUUUAUUGGCUUGAUGGGCGGGACGAUGAUUAUAUCUGGGAUAUUAUGGGGCUGUUUAUUGGGAUUUAUCAUUUCUUGGAUGAGAAUUUGUUUAGACCCUCCAUUCGGAUAUUAUUUUUGACAUCACUUCAAGUUUUUUGAUGAUUUUACGUAUUUGUUUUUUCGAUCAUAUUUUUGGUUGUUUUAUCGACAGCUGCGGUUGUUUUGUAUCAACAGGGAUUUGUAGUUUUCAUACAAUAACUUAUAACUAAAGCCAAAAAAGACAGAAAUGCCUUCAUUUAUCCAACUUUUAAUGAAUUUUUAAAACUUUUUUGGUUUUUCCUCAUUUUUUGACCAUUAUCUCGAGUAAAACUUACUUUUCCUCAAUUUACAUUCAAUUCCUAAUAUUCCCAUUCUUUCAGCAAGCCGGUAUGGAUCACUCAAUAGUUCAAAUGCUCCUCCAAAACUCGCAAUACCACGCCCUGUUCCCCUACGCCAACGUGCUCGCCCUUCUCAUGCAGCAACAACAGCCACAACGGCCCGCUCUACUCACCGACUUCCAGCCACAACUCCCGUUCCUCAUGGGCAGUGUGCUCAGCGCCCCAACCUCCCCACCAAUGCCACUGACUGCCGCAUCGACGCCCGUUGAUUUGGGAAGCACUAAUGCCACAGUCGAUUCGCCACCUCCAUUGAGGCAGAUCAGUCUGGAUGAGGGGAGUAUGGACUGCUCGGGAAUGAAUUCUAUCUGUAAGUUUGUGGGUUUUUGGAAUUUUUUGAGGGCUUUGGAUACUUUUUGAGAGCAAAAAAUUUUUAUUCGAAAUAAAAAAAUUUUAAAAAAUCUCAAAUUCUACAUAGGAAUUUUGGAUUUUUUGAGGGAUUUUGAUGUAUUUUUAUGAACAUUUUUUCGAAAAAAAGUCAAAAGAUAAAAAAAAUCUUUGAAAUAAAAAAAUUUUUUUUAAAAAUCUUUACCCUCAUCUUUUCAGCCAAAAACAAGCUCGGUCGCAGUUACAACCCCGGCCGUCCCUUGGCGAUGGCGGACCGCCAACGAAUCCUCGACCUCUACAAGCGCGGCCACAAGAUUUCACACAUUGCCCGCAUGAUCGGCGUCACUCAUUCCUGCGUCUCCAAGAUCAUGACUCGCUACCGGCGGACGGGCUCCAUGUGCCCACGAAUUGGGCUCGCCACAACGCGCAAGAACAGCAGUGUGUUGCGGUCGCCGGCGCGUUCAAGUGCCUCGCCCAGCAGUGAGUCCAUUUCGUCGGCGUGCACGGUGAACCCGCUGGAGGCGGAGAUGUUGAUGUCGCAGCGACGCGAGCUCUACAGUCAGAUGGCGCAGCUGGAGGUGCCGCAAAUGUUGACGAUUCAGCAGAUUCAGCAACUCAGUGAGCUGCAGAACUUGAAUUUGAUGGGACAGGAGCAGUUUGUGUUACACAAGCCGGUGCCUAUCAAUGAAAGUGUAUUUUAG